AUGGGUCCUUUCAAGCUCACCAAGUUUUUCACCCCCAAAAGUCGUGUCGUGCACAAGGAAAAUGACAUGGGCGAUUCCUCCUCCUCGAUCAAGGACUUUUCAUCUCAGGAAAAUGUCCAGGAGAAGGAAGGGUUGGUGGCGGAGACGCCCUUCAGAACCGUGCUCCUCGUUGUUGCCGCUAUUCUACCAACGAUGAUUGUUGUUUCCUUGGACCGUAUCAUCAUGGCCACCGCAACCCCCAAGAUCACGGACGAGCUCAACUCCAUCCGCGACAUCGGCUGGUACGGCAGCGCCUACCAGCUCGCCUCCUGCAGCACCCAGCUCUUCUUCUCCCGCCUCUACCAAUACUUUGACAACAAGAUCCUCUUCCUCAUCUCCGUGCUCCUCUUCGAAGCCGGAUCCAUCCUGUGCGCGACCGCGUCCGUCUCCGCCGCCGUCAUCGCCGGGCGCGUGGUCUCCGGUCUAGGAUCCGCCGGGGUCAUGGCCGGCGCCAUCGCCAUCAUGAUCCCCCUCGUGCCCUUGCACAAGCGCGUCUUCUACCAGGGCAUCUUCGCCUCCAUCUUCGCCAUCUCACCCCUUGUAGGCCCGCUCAUCGGGGCGCCUUUGCCAGCGACGAGCGGCUCACCUGGCGUUGGUGUUUCUGGCUCAACCUGCCCGUGGGCGGUCUCUGCAUCCUCAUCCUCCUCUUCCAGCGCAUCCCGUCCGCCCGGAGCGCCGAGAGCCCCCUUCACUUUCCGGUGCCUCGAUCCCGUCGGGACCGCCCUCUUCGUGCCGAGCAUCGUGUGCUUGCUCCUGGCGCUCGAGUGGGGUGGCACCACUCACCCUUGGUCCAGCCCUCGCAUCGUCGCGCUCUUGGUGCUCUUCGGCAUCCUCUUGAUCGCGUGGUACCUCUCGCAGCACUUUGGCAAGGAACACGCCACCGCCCCGCCCCGCAUCCUCUUGCAGCGCAGCGUGGCCGCCGGCGUCCUCUUCACCAUUUGCUUCGGCGGCAUCAUGCUCUCCUUCCACUACUACAUCGCCAUCUGGCUACAAGCCGUCCGCGGCCUCAGCCCCGUCGAAUCUGGUAUCCGCACCCUGCCCUUCGUCGUGGCCUUUGUCUGCGUGUCCAUCCUCACCGGCGCCACCGUCAAGUUCGUCGGCCACUACGCCCAGUUCCCCAUCGCCUGCGCCUGCUGCAUGGCCGUCGCCAUGGGCCUGGUCACGACGCUGCGCGUGGAUACCGAGGAGGCGCCCCUCACGGGGUUUCUCAUCUUUUUGGGCGCGGGAAUGGGGCUCGGCGCCCAGAUCCCCAGCAUCGCCGCGCAGACCGUCCUCACCUCCCCAGACGACUCCAUGGGCUCGAGCCUCAUGAUCUUUGGCCAAAACCUCGGGAGCGCCAUCUUCCUCUCCGUCAGCCAAAACGUGUUUCUGCGCUCGCUCAUCUCCAAUAUGUCGGGCGUCGUGCCUGGUGCCGGCGCCCAGAUCCUCGCCGGCAUCGGGAGCACGAGCCUGCGCGAGACGGUGCCCGCUCGGCUCUUGCCCGCGGCGCUGGAAGCGUACAGCGCCUCCAUCGUGGCGACGAUGCGCGUGCCCCUGGGUAUCGCGUGCGUGAGCAUCAUUCCGGCCUUGGCGUUUGAGUGGCGGAGCGUGAAGCGCCGCGAAAAGAAGAAGGAGGAGGAGGAGGCGGACGAGAAGGUGGUUUCCUCUGAAGAGGGCCCGGGGGCGGAGAAGGGGCUCUGGGCCGUCGAGAGGAAGCGUGACGUGGGGGUGUAA